GGUGAAAGCUGUUUUGGAGAGCAAUCUGAAUGGUGAAAUAGCUCCGCAUAACCUUCCACCGACCGCCGCACGCGCGUUCCGCCGCCGGUGCUGGGCCGCGGCGGCGCCGAUCUGCCCGACGACUUUGCCGUGCCGACGCACCACUGCAGCAUCUACCGUCGCGGCGCCCAUGGUGCGCCGUCGAUCCUAACCGCAUUACAAGGGGACCUUGGGGGUACCUGACCUCAUCGAUGCCGCCUUCGAGCUCCGUAAUGGAGGCAGGAAUUCUUCUCUAAGGACGGGUAAUCUUUGUCAAUAAAUCGCAGGAACAGCAGCAGCUUUCUUCAAUCGCGAGAUAUAAUGCAGCAGACACAAUCACUGAAGCAACUAAAAUCAUGGCUACUGAUGAUGUUGCUGAACAAACACAAUGAAGAAAAUCAGAAUGCUUGCCUUGUUUCUGAGCGAAAUCCACAAGGCCUCCCUCCAAUUUCGCAGUCUUGGCAAACAUUUGUUAUGUUGGGAACUGACCACCUGAACAUCGUCUUACCAAAUGCAAUGGUUACUUUUGCAGUUUCAUUAAAGAGCACCUCUCUCUCAUUCUUAAGAAUGUAAGGUAUCCAAAUAUCUUUGGAAACCACCAUGCAAUCCAAUGGAAGGACAUCCAUGGGUUGAAAAGAAGACACCAAAUACGGAAAUUCGCUUGUGUUGCUAAGGCAAGAGAUGGGGCCAACAACACGGUCCUGAUUACGUGGCCUGAACUCUGUUGAACAGCUCACUAGGGUCGCAAGAUCUCCAUAAGGUCUAUAUACAUCAGUUGAUAGAUUGGUAGAGAUGAUCUUUUGAAGAGGGCAGUUGGAGGCUGCAAGUGGGAUAACAUCAAUAAAACGGUACCUAUACUCGAUGGCAAUCACCUUGCAUAAACCAAGAUUUGGGUGAACAAGGAUGGUGUCUGCUUCCUUAGAGCAGCGUAACUUCAUUCCUGGUGCACCACAUGAUGGAGGGCUGGUUUCAAGGCGGAAUGGAAACCGGAUCUCCGGUCCACCUUCUCUGCAACUGGAUGCUGGACAGUUUUGGAAGAAGUUUUCAUCACUGCUUGCUGUGGCCAUCGUGAUUCCGUAGUUGAGAACAGAGAGCACCAGAGCUGCAGCUAAUGCUUUGCACAUUACUUGUGGUAGAACUGUUGAAGGAAGACAGAAGGGAAAGAGGUGAUGUUGUCUCUAUGAAAUUGAGUAUUUUGUUGGUUUCAGUGAAUCUGUCGUGAUGGGUCUGCCCAAUAUAUUGGUGCAAGAAUUUACUCAGCAGCUUCGUAAGAUGGAAUUUCUUGGAUAGUUCUUUCAGAGAUGCCAUACAAGUCAAAUCCUUGUCAGUAUUAUUAGCACUAUAAAACUGGAAUGGACUAGUCACCUAAGGAGGAGAAUUCACAAUUGUUUUCCCUUCUCCUGUCUCAUAUGCACUCUGAAAUUCCGCUUGCCACAUUGGACUAAGUCUCACACAAAUAACCUUUGACUAACCAUUAUAUCGACUAAACCAUAUCCUUCAUCUUGAAAACUGUAUCAACAGAAUCAUUUCGUGCUGCAGUUCACUAUCAGUACAGUACAUCAGGCUUGACUUUUCUUCUUCUUUCCUUCAAUGUACACCAAAAGUUUCUCUUUUAACCAUCACGCAACCGCAACCGUAUAAUAGGUGAAGCACUCAAGCCACAGAUAAUCUUCUUCGUUGCUCUGCUUUCCACUUUCUUCCCUGAUCUUGCCUUUGUUAAGCUUCCAUGGCUAGCUCUCGUGUGUUUCUUCUCUGUGUUGCCCUGCAAGCAUUAGCCAUGGCUUCCACACUUUCAGCCCUUCUAACGAACACUGAACUGCUAGAUGUUCAAGGGCAAAUCAUUUGCCCUUCUUCUUCCUGUGGGCUUCUCCAAGACAUUCGAUAUCCUUUCCGUAAGCGAGGUGAUCCACCUGGUUGCGGUUUUCCAGAAUAUGAGCUGGUUUGUAUUGAUAACAAGGCUAUAAUUUACAUCAACAGUGGAAAGUACUUUGUGACCAACAUCUCCUAUACUGACAAUAUAUUCUGGGUUGUUGAUGCCAAUUUGGAUAAUAGCAGUUGUCCCAUUCCUGCGAGCAAUCAUCGUCCCUAUAUAAACAGUUCAGGGACCAAUGGCAUCAUCCUGUUGGAUACUGAUACAGUUACUUGGGCUGCUUUUGUGAAUUGUUCAGAGAUGCUAAGAAGUGAUGUAAUUUCCUCGUCCACCGGUUGCUGUAGUGGUACUUACAGGCUUGUCGAUUGCCAGAGUACAAAGAAUUCUUUUGUUUAUGUCUUCACCACUACAUUCAUUCCUUGGGUUCAAUACAUCAACCUUCAUGUAAUUACUUGUCCAUGAUUCCUUUGGGCAAUCGGCAACUGAGGGCACCAUAUAAUGCAACCUUUGAAGAUGUUGCAAAAUUUAUGAGGAAUGGAUUUGCUGUUCGAUUUCCUUACCAAAAUGAAGACAUGACAUAUCGUCAGAUCAUUAAGGAAUGCAUGGACAAUUCGAUGAGUUAUUUCCAUGAUCGAAUAUCUAAUUCUAGCAUUGUGGAUCGGACGUUUACCGCCAUUUUUGGGAUCGACUGGAAGUUCUUGAAAUGUGUAAAUGAUUACUCCUACCGGACUAAAUUAUUUUGGGCCGUCCUCACCAUAAUUUCUACAAUGGACACUGUGAAGUUCAUGAUUGUACUUGCUAUGCUAUCAAGGUUUGUGUUUUCACCAUUAGCUGUAUUCACCUUCCUCACCUACAAAUACUGGAAAACAAGGAUAUCCAUUGAUGCAGUUGAGAAGUUUCUCCAAAUGCAACAAACUCUUAGCCCAACAAGAUAUGCCUAUACAGAUAUCACUGCAAUCACAGGGCACUUCAGAGAGAAGCUGGGCCAAGGAGGCUACGGGUCUGUGUACAAAGGUGCGCUUCCUGGUGAUGUUUUUGUUGCUGUCAAAAUGUUGGCCAAUUCGUUCUGCAAUGGAGACGAAUUUAUCAGUGAGGUUUCCACCAUCGGAAGUAUCCACCAUGUCAAUGUAGUGCGCCUCGUGGGGUUUUGCUCGGAGGAAAUGAGGAGGGCGCUCGUCUACGAGUACAUGCCCCGUGGAUCUCUUGAUAAGUACAUCUUCUCCUCUGAGCGAAGUUUUUCCUGGGAUAAACUCAAUGAAAUAGCUCUAGGCAUCGCCAGAGGAAUCAGUUACCUGCAUGGAGGAUGCGAUAUGCAGAUACUGCACUUCGACAUCAAGCCACACAACAUCCUUUUAGACAGUAACUUCACUCCUAAAAUUGCUGACUUUGGGCUGGCCAAACUGUACCCAAGGGACAACAGCUUUGUGCUGGUGAGCGCUGCUCGGGGAACGAUUGGGUACAUAGCUCCUGAGAUGAUAUCUCGUAACUUUGGUGUUGUUUCGUGCAAAUCAGAUGUUUACAGCUUCGGCAUGCUCUUGCUGGAGAUGGCUGGGGGGCGGAGAAACUUGGAUCAGCAUGCAGCAAGGAGAAGCCAGACAUACUACCCAGCUUGGGUGUAUAGUCAUAUAUCUCGGAAAGAGUUAGUAGGUGAGAUUUGCGAAGCUUUUGACAUCCAUGAGGUGGAGAGGAAGCUGUGCAUUGUCGGUCUAUGGUGCAUCCAGAUGAAACCUCAUGAUCGGCCGACAAUGGCUGAGGUCAUAGAGAUGCUUGAAGCUGGCGUUGAUGCCCUGCAGAUACCACCCGAGCCAUUCUUCUGUGGGUUCGAGCAGGAUUCUUCAGCCGACAGCUUCCAAUUCUCCACCUCGGAGUUGAGUGCAAUAUCAGAGUUGAGUGUUGCUGAUUCCACGAGGUGAAUCGCCAAUGUGCUAUACAAACAAGUAGCUAGAAUCUGAAAUCUGUAUUGUUUGUUGUACUCGAAUGCUGCUUGCCUCUUCAAACUUUUUUGUCGGCUUUAUAGGAUGUCUCCAGAUAGA